AUGGCUUCACUCACACGAGGAUUGAUGGUAUUAGCUCGAGCUUCUGUGCUCCCAGCCAGAAAUCUACGUAUAACAGCUUCAGUGUCCAGACGAAGGAAUAUCGUUGCUGCAUCUGCAUCCAUAAUAUCUAGGAGAGGCUACGCAACGUCCUCCGGAGAAGCUACGACCGUUGAUCCUACCUUUACCAAAGCCCUGGAUCUUUUAGAAGCUGGAACGAGGGCUUUGGAAGAUGGUGAUUUAUCUAAAGCUGCCAAGCUGUACAGAGAGAGCGUGGAAGUAAAGGAGACAAGUGAAGGAUGGCAUAAUCUUGGUAAUUGCGAAUACCAUCUCCAGAAUAAAGUUGCAGCUGUUGAAGCAUGGGGCAAAUCAAUCGACCUUCAACCUUCAGCGGACGCACACACGAAUCUAGCUUCGGCAUACGUACUGGAUAACCCACCAAAACCAGCUUUAGCUAUAAAACAUUUGACUUCUGCUUUGGAGCUGUCACCUGAAGACCCAGAGAUCGCUUUCAACCUAGCAGCCGUGUUAGAAUCCACCGGUCAACUAGAACCUUCCCUCACAUUAUACAAGAAAGCCCAAUCUGGCGGUAUUGAACGAGCCGCUCAGAAUGUGAGGAAUGUCAGUGCGAAGAUUAUAGGCGAGAGAGCUAAAUCGCAAGAGAAGGAGAAGGAGGAUCAACAGUGA